GCGGUCGUUUUAGUCUCGUCUCCACAUUCCGAAGAUGCACAACAAGAGAACCGUAUCCGUGUGGCUGGUGUUCUCUGCCGUGCUGGUGGCGCUCCUGCUACCGGAGGCACUACUGCCCACCGCCGAUGCCGUCAGCGAGCCCGUGUGCUCGUACCGCAACUCGGAGGAUGAGACCAUCUUCCUCAAGUACCUGCCGCUCCUGAGGCGCGGACAGGACUACGUGGACUUCGGGAAGGACGGCAAGUGCCUCAAGCGGGCCAUCUGCACGGACACCUUCAAGACGAUCGUGGAGGACUGCGCCCAACACAAAAUCACGUGUGCCAACAAGGAUCGCUUUACGGGCGUAUUUCCCGGCUGCUGCCUCAAGUGUCCUUAAAACGGAGAAGUUCAGCUGCUUUAACGCUCCAAAAAUAAAAAGCGAAAAAUACAUAAAACGAAAUUCCAAAUUGCUACUAUGAUUUGAAUUUCAAUAUUUGGAUAAGACUUUGUGCUUCAUUCAAGUUUGGGGUGUUAAAAUGCCUUCAUUUUCGACAAUGAGAAAGUGUUUGAUAUCCAACUUAAAGUUUUAAAAAAAAUAAUGUACAUGAUAAUUAUACAAAAUACAAAAAAAAAAUGCUACUAUUUAAAGCAGGAAAGAUGAUUAAAGAUGCACAAAUUAUCUAAGACCAAUAUAAAAUUAUUCAAUGCCUAUUUAUGCCUGUAACAGUAACACACAGCAAUAGGCGAAGUGAUCUGCCAAUUAUACAGAUGAUUUUGCACGAUAUUUUCAAAUGUAGCUUAAUCGAAUAAUAAUUAAAACAUUCAACAUA